AUGGCAGUGCUUUAUGGGAGUUAUCAAACGGUGAUCUACUACGCCGUGCUGCAAGCUCAAGAGAUCUCGAAACUCUCACCCGGUGCUACCGCCAUCCGCUUCCUCCCUAUGGGCGCAUCAGGGUUUGCUACCAAUAUGGUUCUCGCCAAAUGGAUGAAGAAGAUGAAUGUGCGGUACCUCAUGACGCUCGGCAUGGUAUUGACCGCUGCUUCCCCUGUACCAGCCAGUCUCAUGCCUGCUGAGGAUCCAAAUUUUUGGAAAUAUGUUAUGCCAACGUCCGUCAUGGUCGUCGUCGGAGUCUCCAUUUGCUACAUAUGCAUCACGAACAUUAUGCUUAGUGCUGUACCAAUGAACGUCAAAUCUCUCUGCGGAGGCUUGGUCAACACCGCAUUUCAGAUUGGAUCGGGCGUCAGUCUCGCUCUGGCGGCUGCAGUCGUAGAUGCUGUCGAUAUCAAGAAGGGACAUUCGUUGGCCACUCAAUACCAGACAGGUCUAUUCUGCUGUAUCGGCUUGGGCAUCCUAGGACUUGUUGUUUCGCUAGUCGGUAUGCGAGGGCUGAAUACCAAAGUCAGUGGCGAGACGGUACAUUAA